GACAGUCAGCCCUGGAGCCAGGGAGCGACCAUCGAGAUGUACCUCUGAGACCUCCGAACGUCCUAGAGAGGAGACGGAAGGAGAGACCUCUCCGUGCGCACCUGUCCGACUGUGUUCGCCACUCACUUCCUGUCCGCCGAGGGCUUGGAGGACCCCGGCGCGGUUUAGGGGCUGAAGGGCCGCGGGUGAGCUGGUGAAGCCGGGUUGGCGGGUUUCGGUCGCGCCCAUCUGCAGUCUCGGGUCCAGCUUUGGUGCUGCUGUGGGACGAGGUCCUGCGGGUGGCAACGCGGAUGAGCCGCGCCGCUGUAGGCUCAGUCCUCAGGAGGGAGCGUGAAGAUGCUUAAAGAGCAUCCAGGGAUGGCGGAAGAUCCUCAGCAUCAAAUAGGUGUUCCUGUGGUGAAACUGGAGAAAGAGCUGCUGUGGGGCAGGGGACGGGAAGACUCUAGUCCUGAGACUUUCCGUCUGAGGUUUCGGCAGUUCCGUUAUCAGGAAGCAUCGGGUCCCCAGGAAGCCCUCAGGGAGCUCCAAGAGCUCUGUCGUCGGUGGCUGAGGCCUGAGCUGCACACCAAGGAGCAGAUCCUGGAGCUGCUAGUGUUAGAGCAGUUCCUCACCAUCCUCCCCCGGGAAUUCUAUGCCUGGAUUCGAGAACACAGCCCAGAGAGUGGCAAGGCCUUGGUGGAGGACUUGACUGACAGCACGCUGGACGCCAAGGCGGUUCCAUGCCACGUGCAAGGAGAGCAGCAGGAGACAGUCAUUGGCAGAGGUGCUUGGGAGCCAGGUGUCCAUCUGGGGCCAGUGGAAGUCAAGCCCGAGUGGGGGAUGCCCCCUGCGGAAGCAGUUCAAGGCCUAGACCAGAGUGCCGAAGAGCAGCUGUGUCAGGACCCUGGCGGUGGGACGCAGGCCUUCCAGGAGCAGGCGCUGCCGAUUCUUCAGGUAGGUCACAGCCUUCCCCCAGUGGGCACCAGAGACCAAGAGAUGGGAGCUGGAUUCCUUACAGCAGGACCGCAGGGGUUGGCACCCUUUAAAGACAUGGCUCUGACCUUCCCUGAGGAGGAGUGGAGGCGUGUGACCCCAGCCCAGAUCGACUGCUUUGGGGAAUACGUGGAACCGCAGGACUGUGGGGUCUCUCCAGGUGUUGGGAACAAGGAAAAGGAGGCAAAAUUACAGCAGGAAGACCUUAAAGGGGUGUUUGCUGGGCUGACUUCAGAGAGAUUUGGAGAAACAGCUGUUCAGGGUCCUGACUUGGGACAGUCCUGUGAACAGGAGCCCAGGGGCUCUGGGAGUGGCCUGUCAGUGCUUUCUGCUUCCCAGAACAGUGUGCCCCUACCUGAUGACCUCAAAGCCCACAGCUCCUUCUGGAAGCCUUUCCAGUGCCCUGAAUGUGGCAAAGGCUUCAGCCGGAGCUCCAAUCUUGUCAGACACCAGCGAACCCAUGAGGAGGAGAAGUCCUAUGGCUGCAUGGAGUGCGGAAAGGGCUUCACCCUGAGGGAGUACCUCAUGAAGCAUCAGAGGACCCACCUGGGAAAGAGGCCCUUUGUGUGUAACGAGUGCUGGAAGACAUUUAGCCAGAGACACCACCUGGAGGUUCACCAGCGGAGCCACACAGGGGAGAAGCCCUACAAGUGUGGGGACUGCUGGAAGAGCUUCAGCCGCAGGCAGCACCUGCAGGUGCACCGGAGGACACACACUGGUGAGAAGCCCUACACAUGCGAGUGUGGCAAGAGCUUCAGCAGGAAUGCCAACCUGGCCGUGCAUCGACGUGCCCACACUGGCGAGAAGCCGUAUGGGUGCCAGGUAUGUGGGAAGUGCUUCAGCAAGGGGGAGCGGCUGGUUCGCCACCAGAGGAUCCACACGGGUGAGAAGCCCUAUCACUGCCUGGCCUGCGGGCGCAGCUUCAACCAGAGGUCCAUCCUCAACCGGCACCAGAAGACCCAGCAUCGCCAGGAGCCCCCACUGCAGUGAAGGUACCAUGUGGAGGACGGCCCUUCCGCAGAGGUGUCUUUCAUCUUAGGGAAGUGCUAGCGGUGUGCACUGAUGGCUGCGCUGGUCCACUUUCUUUCCAUGUGCUAACACAGGAAGAGAGCAAGGCCUGCUUUAUCCAGGGCUUUCAGAGGGCACAGCUGACCAUACCGCCAUCCUUACCAUCUUUUGGGGAGACAAUACCCUGAGCUUCAGGUCAGGCUGGGGGUUUUUCCCCAUCAGUGAGGUGUUCAAAUCUACCUCUUGAACAAGUCCAGUGGUAAGGGCCAAAUUUUGUCACAAGUUGGCAGCUCUUGUUUUUCUGAUAGAGUUCCAUCCUCCCUGCAAGAACAUUAGCUCACCCCCUGCCCCCUUUACCUCCUGUGCUCCUGGCACUGAGAAUACCAUGGUAAGACAGAUGAGACCUUGUUAUCAUGGAGCUUGGGGUAUAGUAGUAGGAACCACAGACUCGAAGCAAUCAGUAACUCCAGAUAUUCCAGAAUGUGUUUAUGUUGUAGUAAGAGCCACUGGAGAAAAUCUUGUCAUAUGCUCUCAUUCUGCCAGCCUGCUCCAUGCUAGAUCUCACCACCACUCUUUACCCCACUUGGGGUCUUCUCUCAUGGAGCCUUGUUUAUUUUGCAUUAUUUGUAGUCUCCUUUAUCUCUGACUGUAUAAUUCUACCCUCAUCUGUAAUAUUUUUUCAUUCCAUUAUUCCUUGUACUAUAUAACAGCUAUCAACACAUCAGCCAUUAGGAAAUUAAUAUUUUGCUAUCACUGAAUAAACAUGAGAAUAUUUUUAAAGAAAUCUUCAUUUCUGUACAAAGGUGUGAUUAAAUGAGCCUGAAAGAUGAACUAAUAUUAAUGCCUUACAUUUGGUGGCAUUUUACAGUAAAGAAAAUGCUGUACUCUAGUGAUUCAUUCCAUAAGUAUUUAUUGAAACAUUGCAAUCUGCCAGGAAAUCUUGUGCUUGUUUGGGACACAAGGAGGGAGAAAUCCAACACUGGAGAUUUGUGUUGGUCAUUGUACUUGAUCUUCAGAACCCAUGGACACACCCAUCAACAGUCUUGGCCUGAGUAGUUAUUCUUAGUCCUGGUGGCGUCUUGCCCUGAAUUGCUUUCACCACUUACCUCUGUUGCUAAAAAACCUCUGUCCUUGGUGCAUCUGGGUCCUCAUAAUCCAAGACACUCAUGGUCCUGGAUACCACUAAUUAGAGAUGAGGUAGUAUUGCUGAUUUCAGGAGCAUAAAGAUGUUUGUAGGCAUCUAAGUAAUACAUUUCUUUCACAAGUGAAAAGAUAGAAUCUGGGAACUGCAUAACUACUAUGGGCUGCAUGGCACUGCUGUGUUACUUUUAGACUGCUUUGAACUCUGAAUACGUUUGUCUUUUGUUGAUAGUAUACUAUUGAAAGAUGGUAUAUUAUUGUCACAUGGUGUCUCCUCAUAUUCUUUUGCUAAAUUUUUCUUUUUUUCCCAUUGUGCACUAUAAAUAGUCUGACUGACAGUUGUAUUGCUCCAUAUACUUAGAAACGCAUAAUUUUAAUCACUUAUUUCCCUCCUUGCCCAUUAGCCAUGGCCAUAAGGCUGUACUAACCAGUAUGUGUUAUGUGAGACACGCACACAGAGCUGCUGAUGUUACUAAAUAGUGCUGAGAUCCAUACAUUAGAUUCACAGGAUCUGGGCCUGACAAGGCCCAAGGCUGGCCUCCUAGGAGAUCUGUGUCCCACAGUGACGCAGGGACCAUAGGAGCCACCACAUCAGUGUUUGCAUGAUUACCUGAAUUAAAUUGUUGUUUUACUUUGAUCAUGCACUUAACCAAACAGGCCUCUGGGUUUUCAGCAAGUUAGUCUCUCAAGAGAAGCCGCAGGAAGAGCUGAAACUUGCUGUUUUGCCACUAUGGGCCUCUUGUAUGUCUGUUCUGAGGCCAGACUUAUGGACAAUGUCUGCAAAAGCCUAGAUUAAAGGGAGUUUCCCUCUCUGAGCUUUAUUUCUGAUAUCUGUUCAAAUGUCAGCAAAUAUUGUUUUCUGUAUUUUUAUGUUCUUUAAGAACAUUUUUAUAAUAGCAAAUUUCAAAUAUAUGUAAAUCAUAGUCAUCAUUUGACUUUGUUAUAAACUCAGCCAAUCUUGUUUCAUCUCUGCCUACUCCUUCCUUCCCCACUGUUUUGAAGCAGAUCCAAAAUGUUGUUUAUA